GUAAAAAUUUAACUAUUAGGAACCUCUUUUUAUUUUUGAGGUUUCCUAAUUUCAUGUCGACUUUAAUCAUUGUCUUUUCUAAGGUGAUCAGCGACUGGCAGUGUAAAAAACCUGCUUUGCCGAGUCGCGCCUUUGGAUUCUAGGCAUCUUAAUGGAAUGAAAAAUUAAUGAGUAAACAAGUUCUGCAUAAUCCGAAUCGUUGUGUUGACGCCACUUAGUCCGACCAGAGUUUAUAAAGCCAAAGGAUUUUCGAGUCUUCACGUAUUCGGUGAAAAGAAACAUUUGCCUUCAAAGAUCCAACAUGAAAGAAGAAUUUAAAUAUUUGACUGGCUUCGACUGCGAAUUCAGCAGUACGGACGAGCGUUGCCCUGGGGCACUACCAGUCGGUCAAAAUAAUCCGCAGAAGUGUCGUUAUGGUCUUUACACUGAGCAACUGUCCGGCAGCGCUUUUACCGCGCCCAGAUGCGAGAAUAAAAGAUCAUGGCUCUACAGAAUAAGGCCAUCGGUUGUACAUGAAUUCUUCGAACCAAUUCAAGAAUCUCAGGUCCAUUUGACACAUCAGUGGAAUCAAUUUCCACCAACUCCCAAUCAAAUUCGUUGGAAGCCCUUCGAUGUCCCGACUCGUCAGGAACCGGAAGUGGAUUUUGUCCAGGGUUUGCACACACUUUGUGGGGCUGGCGAUGCGCGCAUGCGAACUGGAGUUGCUGUUCAUAUUUAUCUUUGCAAUUCUUCCAUGAAAGAUAAGGCCUUUUACAAUUCAGAUGGUGACUUCCUUAUUGUGCCACAAUUGGGAGCUCUUCAGAUAACAACAGAAUUUGGAAAAAUGAAAUGCGAACCAAACGAAAUUUUCGUUAUUCAACGGGGAAUGCGUUUUUCUGUGACAGUUUAUGGACCAUCAAGAGGAUACAUUCUUGAAGUUUUUGACAAUCACUUUCAACUUCCGAAUUUGGGUCCUAUAGGUGCAAAUGGUCUCGCCAAUCCGCGAGAUUUCGAAACCCCCUCUGCUUGGUUCGAGGAUCGAGAUGCAAACUAUAAAAUGGUUUGCAAAUUUCAUGGAAAAAUGUUCAUCGCUAAUCAAAAUCACAGCCCCUUUGAUGUCGUUGCUUGGCAUGGCAAUUACGUUCCUUACAAGUAUAACCUUGACCGCUUCAUGGUUAUUAACUCAGUCUCCUUCGAUCACUGCGACCCAUCUAUAUUUACGGUACUCACUUGUCCCUCUACAAAGCCUGGAACUGCAAUUGCUGAUUUCGUGAUUUUUCCUCCUCGAUGGUCCGUACAAGAACAUACAUUCCGUCCUCCAUAUUAUCAUAGAAACUGCAUGAGUGAAUUUAUGGGUUUAAUUAAAGGACAUUACGAGGCAAAAGACGAAGGAUUUCAAGCCGGAGGAGGAUCUUUACAUUCGGUUAUGAUGCCUCACGGACCUGAUAAAACUUGUUUCGAAAAUGCUUCUACUUCAAAAUUGGUACCAGAGAAAAUUGCUGAAGGAACUCAAGCAUUUAUGUUCGAAACUUAUUACAGUAUGACAGUUACUGAAUGGGCCGGCAAAAAUUGUAGAAAAAUUGAUUCCGAUUAUAAUAAGUGUUGGCAGGGUUUGAAAAAAAAUUUUGAUCCUACUCAAACUACUCAAACUUAAAUUAAGACUGGCAUAUAAAAAAUCGAACAGAUACAUAUUUCAAAAAUAAUGGAUAAGAUUUUUGUGAAAUACACAUAAUUAUAUUUGAACAAUAAGAAACUGAAAGUGUUGGAAGUUGAAAAUUUUUUUAUCAAAAGCCCUCAAACUUGAAAAAUUUUAGAUUAAAAUUUUUGACGUUAAACAAUUUUAUUACACAGGAUUUGAAAUAGUAUAAUUUUUAAUUCAAAACGCUCAAUGUUGAAUAACUUUGAAUUACAACAAAGAAAUCUUAAAAUGGAAUGAUUUCAGAAUAAAAUUUAAAAAAAGGACAAUUACAAACUGCUAAAAAUGGAAUAA